CUUCUGCACCUGUGCACCGAGAGGGAUGGAUAGUAACAUCCACCUGAGUAGUUUGAUAAGCCGCCAUGAUGAUGAAGCCACACGAACAUCUACCUCAGAAGGACUGGAGGAAGGUGAAGUGGAAGGGGAGACUCUCCUGAUUGUGGAGUCGGAGGAUCAGGCUUCUGUGGACUUAUCUCAUGAUCAGAGCGGGGAUUCACUCAAUAGUGAUGAAGGUGAUGUGUCCUGGAUGGAGGAACAGCUGUCCUACUUCUGUGACAAGUGCCAAAAAUGGAUACCGGCGAGUCAACUGAGGGAUCAGCUCAGUUACCUUAAGGGUGAUAACUUCUUUAGGUUUACCUGUUCUGAUUGCUCCGAAGAUGGCAAGGAGCAGUAUGAAAGACUGAAGCUGACAUGGCAGCAAGUUGUCAUGUUGGCAAUGUACAAUUUAUCUCUGGAAGGAAGUGGGCGUCAAGGUUAUUUCAGGUGGAAAGAAGAUAUCUGUGCUUUCAUUGAGAAACAUUGGACCUUUUUAUUGGGGAAUAGGAAAAAGACAUCAACCUGGUGGAGCACAGUCGCAGGUUGUCUCAGUGUGGGAAGUCCCAUGUACUUCCGUUCAGGCGCUCAAGAGUUCGGAGAACCGGGAUGGUGGAAACUUGUUCACAAUAGGCCCCCAACAAUGAAACCUGAAGGAGAGAAGUUGUCUGCUUCUACUUUGAAAGUAAAAGCCUCAAAGCCAACUUUGGAUCCCAUCAUUACAGUUGAAGGACUUAGAAAAAGGGCGAGUCGGAAUCCUGUAGAAUCUGCCAUGGAAUUAAAGGAGAAAAGGUCUCGUACUCAAGAAGCCAAAGACAUUAGAAGAGCCCAGAAGGAAGCAGCUGGCUUUCUUGACAGGAGCACUUCUUCUACCCCGGUAAAGUUUAUAAGCCGAGGCCGCAGGGCAGACUCAAUUCUUGAAAAAGGAGAAGUGAUUGACUUUUCAUCCUUGAGCUCUUCUGACCGAACCCCGCUAACAAGCCCAUCUCCUUCUCCAUCUCUGGAUUUCUCUGCCCCAGGGACCCCUGCCUCUCACUCAGCCACGCCUAGCUUGCUUUCUGAAGCAGAUCUGAUUCCAGAUGUGAUGCCACCACAAGCCUUGUUUCAUGAUGACGAUGAGAUAGAAGGUGAUGGAGUCAUAGACCCAGGGAUGGAGUAUGUUCCGCCUCCAGCUGGAUCAGCCACUUCUGGGACAGUGGUUGGAGGAAGAAAGGUCAGAGCACCUGAACAGAUAAAGCAGGAGAUAGAGAGUGAGGAGGAAAAACCUGAUAGGAUGGACAUUGACAGUGAAGACACAGAUUCCAACACAUCCUUGCAAACAAGAGCUCGAGAAAAGAGGAAGCCUCAGUUGGAGAAGGACAGGAAACCUAAAGGGCCCAAGUACACCCCUGUGAGCAUCUAUGAGGAAAAGCUACUCCUAAAGAGGCUGGAAGCCUGUCCCAGUGCUGUUGCCAUGACACCAGAAGCUCGGAGACUAAAGCGUAAAUUGAUAGUCAGACAAGCAAAAAGGGAGAGGGGAUUACCUCUCUUUGACUUGGAUCAAGUUGUUAAUGCUGCUCUUCUGUUAGUUGAUGGUAUUUAUGGAGCCAAAGAAGGAGGAGUUUCCCGGCUUCCAUCUGGACAAGCCACAUACAGAACAACCUGUCAAGACUUCAGAAUCCUUGACCGAUACCAGACUGCCUUGCCAUCCAGGAAAGGAUUUAGGCACCAGACCACUAAGUUUUUGUAUCGUUUGGUGGGAUCUGAAGAUAUGGCUGUGGACCAAAGUAUUGUCAGCCCUUAUACAUCUCGGAUCUUGAAACCUUAUAUCAGGCGUGACUAUGAAACAAAACCACCCAAACUGCAGCUCCUGUCACAGAUUCGUUCCCACCAGCACCGGAGUGACCCUCACUGGACACCAGAGCCUGAUGCACCUCUUGAUUACUGCUACGUUCGGCCAAAUCACAUUCCAACGAUAAACUCUAUGUGUCAGGAGUUUUUCUGGCCUGGCAUUGACCUGUCUGAGUGCUUGCAGUAUCCAGACUUCAGUGUUGUUGUCCUGUAUAAAAAAGUCAUUAUUGCCUUUGGCUUCAUGGUUCCUGAUGUGAAGUACAAUGAAGCUUACAUUUCAUUUCUCUUUGUUCAUCCUGAAUGGAGAAGAGCAGGAAUUGCGACUUUCAUGAUCUAUCAUCUGAUUCAGACCUGCAUGGGCAAGGAUGUGACCCUUCACGUCUCAGCAAGCAAUCCCGCAAUGCUGCUGUACCAGAAGUUUGGAUUCAAGACUGAAGAAUAUGUUUUAGAUUUUUAUGAUAAAUAUUACCCCCUGGAGAGUACAGAGUGUAAACAUGCAUUCUUUCUGAGGCUCCGCCGCUGAGGAGAGUGCAGCUCUUCAUGGAGAAGAGCAUGUGCUCUUAGAGAACAUUCUUCAUAUAGACCAACCUAAAGGCAGUUAUCUGUUUCACGGUGGGUUAGACCAGACAUUCAUUCAGACCUUCAGCUGUGAUGGAAAAGUCAGUGUGCCGUGGAAAGAGUUGUGAGGGGCCCUCUGUCCUUUUUGGAGAGGCUUUUGAUCCCACAUCUUGCGACUCCGCAGAUAACUAAAAGAUGCUCCAGUCCUUCUUCCUCCUGACAGUUUGUAAGAAAAAAUAUCUUAGCUGAUAUUCUUGGUGAGAGAGAAUUCAUCCUUAUUUAAAGGACAGGAAAAUGCUAUACAGAUUCAUGUAGUGCCCAAGAGGCACUGUCCUUCCUGGACAUGAGAGAUUACGAAGUGAUAACAUAACGAAUUGCCAGCCAUUCCCAGCCAUCGCUGUUUUGUUGUUGAGUCUGGGAAGACUGCAGGACACCGAUUCUAAUGUCUUUCUCUGACUUUGGUCACAGUCACAAUAAAUGUUUGUGUCUACAUUAUUGUUUCAUCUGUGUUACUGUUAGCAGCUCCCAACAGGGGUGUUGACCUGAGAGUGGAGGAUCCCAUUCGCCCUGUAUCUGUGAAAUUGGUUUGGGGUCAGUGUGACUAAGCACCCUGCCACUGGAUGAAGGUGUGGGGUGGUGGAAGUAGGACUAGUUGUAGACAGAAGUUGUACUGUCUGCAGCACUUAGUCUGCUCUGUUUGUGGAUGGUGGAGAUGGAGUGUCAAUCAGGUUUUUAGAAUUGAGCAGGACCAUUUCCAAA